AUGACUCGUGCCCCUUCUGGACUCCCCUCUGAGACUGUUCCUAAUGUAAACGGCGGCAGUUCACCUCUUAAUACUGUGCGUGCACAACAUCAAUUACGACUGGAACAGCUUCGCACACGCUUGCAGCAUCAUAUACAGAACACCAAUUCUUCUACACAAUUAUCCAACUCAUUAGAGUUAUCGCCUUCAUCCUCAGCAGAUACACCCUACAUUGCAGAAAUCAUAGAACUCACACCAACCGAUCGUUGUAAUUUCAGAAACGUAGACAAAUGUAUGGUUAAUAAUAAUAACAAUAAUCAUAAUAAUCAUAAUGAUAGGGCUGAUGACAGUGAAAUACGUGAUUUACUACUUAACCAUCCACAUCAUACAUCUAGAGGAAACUACUCACUCAGAAUGCCCCCAGUUUCUAUUAGUCACCACUCACCAAAUAAACAAGUUAAUGUUGAGAAGAAUAUGAAAGUAAAAAGUGAUCAUGCUGAUCUCCUUGCCUCACUGGGAUGUGGAACUCACAUUUUAGAUGACAUGAAAAACCUCUCUGAAUAUAAGGAUAGAGAUUUAUUUCUCUUUCACUUUGAGUGUACUAAAUGUUUGGUAAAAGAGUCUAUAUUUAUUGAUUCAAACACCCCAUGCGUGGCAUACUGUCCUUUCUGUGGUUCUAUUCAGUCGUAA